AUGACCAAAAUAAAGUCAGAUCCAAAUGGGCCGGAAGCUCCAGCAGAGACGGCCUGCGGGGAACGCACAUACCAUGAACUGCUGGUCAAUCUGAACCCCAUCCCGCAGCCCCUAGCUUCCCGCCGCCUCACGCGGAAGCUCUACAAGUGCAUCAAGAAAGCAGUGAAGCAAAAACAGAUUCGACGCGGCGUGAAGGAGGUUCAGAAAUUUAUCAACAAAGGCGAAAAGGGGACCUGGGAGCAGCAGCUGGCUCCAAACGCCCCACCUGUGUGA